CUUCACGCGACUUUUGGCUGUUUCUUCUUCUUCGACCCUAUAUCACCAUAUCUUAUUGUGAUUUCCACCAUGUCUGAUAACAAGGCUCCAGGGACAGUCGGGGCAACUACCCCAUCCCCGAAAGGAAGCAAACAGGGGAGUCCCAAAUCGCCGAAAACACAAUCGCCUGCCGGCAUGCUUCCCGGAGAACACUGGAUCCAGGCCGCAGAAGAACUCGCAGCUGAAGACGAUGACCACGACUCGGCCCUAGGGGACGACGACGUGGAUGGCUCAACGGCGUCCAUUUCGUCCAGCAUUCUUCAAUACAGGACGAUCCAUGGAAGGACAUUCCACUCCGAGAGGGGUGACGCACACUCAUGGAUCCCCAACGACGAGAAACAGAACGAGUCCAUGGACAUCAAUCACCAUCUGCUCACCCUUUCUCUUGGCAAUAAACUGCAUCUUGCGCCUCUGAAGAAGGAUAUCGAGAAAGCACUUGACAUUGGAACCGGUACAGGCAUCUGGGCAAUUGAUUUCGCCGACGAGUAUCCCAACACCGAGGUCAUAGGCACAGACAUCUCGCCCAUCCAGCCUACCUGGGUCCCCCCAAACCUGACAUUCGAGAUCGAGGACUGCACCCGGCAAUGGACCUUCCCCGCAGACUCCAUCGACUACGUGCACAUGCGCUACCUUUUCGGCAGCAUCGCCGACUGGGGCGCGCUCUUCAAGGAGGCGUUCCGGGUCUGCAAGCCGGGCGGGACCGUGGAGAGCUACGAGGCCUCGACGGCCUUCGAGAGCGACGACGGCAGCGUCUCCGACACGAGCGCCAUGAACGAGUGGGCCAAGCUGUUCACCAGGGGCGGGAAGCUGCUGGGCCGGCCGUUUACGGUGCUGGAGGAAGAUAUGCAGAGGAAGUACAUGGAGGAUGCUGGUUUUGUGGAUAUACAGGUUUGGGACUUCAAGGCACCGGUUGGUGGCUGGCCUCGGGACCCCAAGCUGAAGGAAAUAGGCCGGUUUGCUCAACUGGCGCUUGAGCAGGACUACGAGGGUUACGUGCUUUACAUGGCGGACAUAGCACUAGGCUGGGGCGCGACUGAAGUCGGCGCCUAUUGUGCGCUACUGCGCCGUGAGAUCCGCUCUGGGAAACAUCAUCCAUACUACAGACAAAGGGUUGUCUGGGGGCGGAAGCCGGAGUCGUCUUGAUCAUGUUUGGUUGCUUUUGUGGAUGGGAUUUGAUACUGGGAGGCGGAGAUCCCCACAUGAACCAGAUCACCAUUAUCACUCUUACU